AUGACUUAUACUGCACCAGCUAUUGUUAUUGAUAAUGGGUCGUAUACAACCAAAGCAGGGUUUUCUCUGGAAGAUUUACCUUCAUUGGUGUUUAACUCCAAUUAUAUUAAAAAUGAACAUACACAACAAAUCAUAAUAGGUGAUGAACAAAUGGAAAGUAACAAUGAUCAAGAAGUUAUUAAAUUAUUAGAUAAUGGGUUAAUAUAUGAUUUUGAAAACAUUGUACACAAUUGGCAAUAUGUUUAUGAUAAUAUUGAUAACAAUAAUCUGAUUAAUUCUAAAGAAUUCCCCUUAGUUGUCACUGAACAACCAUGGAAUACCACAAAGAAUAAAGUUAAAUCGUGUCAAAUUGCUUUUGAAAACUUGGAAGUUCCAAUUUUCAGUUUAGUGAAAAACCCAUUAGCUCAAUUGUAUCGUUGUGGUAAAGCUACCGGUUUGGUUAUUGAUAUAGGGUCUAGUGUUACUAGUGUCACUCCAAUUUUAGAUGGUGUUAUCCAGCUGAAAUGUUCUUAUCAUUCAAAAUAUGCUGGUGAUUUUGUUAAUUUGCAUGUUUUGAAUUAUUUACAAAGCAAGACUUCAAUUGAUAACUUAUUACCAGCACAAUUUGCAAGUGGUUCUUCAGAAUCAUUCAAACAAUAUUACAUGAGUCACAAUAUUUUACAAGAGUUCAAAAACUUGUCGUUGAACUACCAAAUCAGAAAUUAUCAACUGUACAACCACACUUAUAUUGAUGUUUCUGAUCAAAAAAACUAUUUGGAUAAUUUAUUUGAUCCAACUUUACAAAAAUUGCCAAAUAUUCAAAUUCCUGAACCAAGUAUAGAUAAACCAGGAUCUCAUGGAUUAACCAAUUUAGUCUUUUUAGCAUUAAAAAAUUUAGAAGCUACUUUAUUACCUCCAAAUAACAACAAUGAUCCUACAUCGACAAGUCGAUUCCAUAGAUUUAUUGAAAUUUUUAAAUCCUUGUUAUCUAAUGUUUUAAUCACUGGUGGUACAUCUGCUGCUAAUGGAUUACCUGAUCAUAUUAUAAAUGAUUUAAAAGCAUUAACCCAAAAAUAUUUCCCAAAUUAUCCAUUCGCUUACUCAGUUCAACAAAUUCGACCAAAUAACACUGAAAAUGCCGAAAUUUGGGAUCGACAAUUUGGUGCUUGGUUAGGUGCUUGUAACUUAGCAAGUAUGUUGAACGAUACCGAUGAAAAAUCAAAUAGCGCCAAGAUUGCUUUGGACAAUUGGUUUAUCACAAAAGCUGAUUAUGAAGAAUUGGGUGAAGAUUUGGUUGCAGAAAAAUUCAAAUAA